AUCUACAAUACUUUCAAACCUCAUCUUCCUCAUCGCAGCAAUGGCGUCUUCCUUCUCAGUCACGAGUUUCAUCUCCUCCAUCUCCCCAUUCAAACCUCAGACCAAACCUGCUCCUCCUCCUCCGAGCCUCGUUCUCCCUACUCCAACAGUCUCCCACAGGCGGAAUAAGAACGAUCUCGCCAUCGAGAAACCUCCUUCUUCCACCGCUUCGCUCUCCUCGGAGCUCGCUUCCGUGAUAUGCCCGUCGCUUGCGUACGCGAACACGCUCUUCUUCAGCAGCUCGGGGUACAACGUGCAGGUGUUUGUUGAAGAUAAGGAGUCUGAGGAGAGGCUGGUGAAUCGUUUCAGAAGGGAAGUGAUGAGAACCGGAGUUAUACAGGAAUGUAAGCGAAGGAGAUACUUCGAGAACAAGCAAGAUGAGAAGAAGCGUAGGACUCGUGAUGCUGCUAAGCGUAACAAGAAAAGGCGUCCUUUUGCAAAGUUUACUCAAGAGACUAGAGAAGAAGCAGCAGCGGCAGCAACCAAGAGUAAGAAGAAGGAUGAAGAAGAAGACAACUGGGAGAUGCCUGAUGGAGAUAUACCUUCUUGAACACGGUUUCAGUAUAUAAAUCUCCUUCCUUUUUUCGGUUUUAAGUUGGUACAUUGUAAGUUCUAGUGAGCAUGUAACUUGCCUUUGGUGAUGAGUUCUUGUCAAUGUUAAGACAUCUAUCUUUGUCUUCCAAUGUUUUUUAUUGUGACUUAUGACUAAUAAUCCAUUCCAUUUGUUGACUAA